AUCCUCCAGACCAGUAGAUGGCGGUAACGGUGCAUGAUGUGUUAGAAGGAAGAAAACGUUCAAGUUCCUGAUGUUCUGUUCUCCUGAAGCCAGCAGUGGUGUUUGACGCCAUCAAAUAUGCAGAUCUUUGUGAAAACCUUGACGGGUAAAACCAUCACCCUUGAGGUGGAACCCAGUGAUACUAUCGAGAAUGUGAAGGCCAAGAUUCAAGACAAAGAAGGUAUUCCUCCUGACCAACAGCGACUCAUCUUCGCUGGCAAACAGUUGGAGGAUGGCCGCACGCUGUCAGACUACAACAUUCAGAAAGAGUCCACUCUUCAUCUCGUCCUGCGUCUGAGAGGAGGUAUCAUCGAGCCUUCCCUGAGACAGCUUGCACAGAAAUACAACUGUGACAAAAUGAUCUGCCGCAAAUGCUAUGCACGUCUUCACCCCCGUGCAGUCAACUGCCGCAAAAAAAAGUGUGGGCACACCAGCAACCUGCGCCCCAAGAAGAAGCUGAAGUAAACGAGCAUUCUCUUUGAUGUUUUGUCAAUGUUUUCAAUAAUAAAAUUGAAAUGGUAAAGACUGUCAUUCAUGCUACCAUAAACCUUGACUUACUAUACAGAA